CAAAUUCGAGAUGCUUCGCCGCCUCCUCAUCACUGGCCAGCGCCCUUUCUGCUCGGCCGCCGGCGCCACCGAGUACCUCAACGGCGUCCGGUACCUUCAGAAGAAGGACGACAGUGCGAUCAAGCUCGCGGUCGCUGAGUGGACGUCGGCCGCGGCCAUGGGCCACACCAAGGCGCAGAGCGCGCUGGGUCAUCUCUACCUCACCGGCCAUGGCGUCGAGAAGGACCUGAGCCUCGCGGCCAAGUUUCUGCAGCAGGCGGCGGAGGGUGGUCACGCCAACUGCCGCCACCAGAUCGGCCGCAUGUACUUGCACGGACUGCACGUGCAGGCCAACGAAGCCGUCGCGUUCGAGUGGUGGACCAAGGCCGCCGACCAAGACCACAUGGCGGCGCAAUUCGACCUCGCGUACAUGUAUGACAAUGGCGUGCAUGUCCCGCAGGACAAGGUCAAAGCCUUUGCGCUCUACUCACGCGCGGCCAAGCAAGGCAUGCCCGAGGCGCUGCGGAUGGUCGGGAAGGCGCAUCUGCACGGCCACGGCACGGACGCCAACCCGACUCGUGCCUUCAAGACGUUCCAGAAGGCGGCGGAUAUGGGCCACGGUCUCUCGCAGUUUGAGCUCGGCGCGUGUUAUAUGCUCGGGCGCGGCGUCGAGGCCAACGUUGCGAAGGCCGCAUCGUGCUUCUUUCUCGCGGCCGAAGCCAACAUCCCGGAAGCCCAGCUCUGCAUGGCGCAGCUCUACGAACGCGGCGACGGCGUCGAGAAGGACGGGGCAAAAGCUAAAGAAUACUACGAGAUGGCGGCCACGCACAAGCUCCCCGAGGCAAUGGAAAAGCUGGCGUCGUGGACGCACUAAAUAAUAGCGUCCACACGAUUUUGAUCGAGACACAACAUGUAUAGACCCUAACCUCGAUGGGCCAGUCAACAUCGGCGACUGGAUUCCUCGAAUAUGAACCUUGGCUAAACUAGGGAGCUCCACCUUAACGCGCGGUGCAUCCACGCUGAACAUCAAAGACUGGGUUGUUUUGUGU